AUGAGAUACACUCUACUCUCUGCGCUAUCGGCUUUGGCCGUGGCGUCGCCGACGCAUACAGCGACUACUGGCAACAACAUAGCCCCACUUCUAUCAUCAGACUCAGAGGCUGCAGUGCCUGAUAAAUACAUUGUUGUCUUCAAGAAGGAUAUCGAAGACCCCUCUGAGCACUUUGACUGGCUGCAGAGCAUCCAACCCAACAGCGAGGAUCGCAUGGAGCUUCGAAAGCGCUCUGGCGACGUUUUUACCGGUCUCAAGCAUACAUAUGAGAUGUCUGGCUUCAUGGGAUACUCUGGUCAUUUCGAUGAAGAGACCAUCAAGUCAAUUCAGCGUCACUCUGAUAUUGAAUACAUCGAACGCGACUCUGAAGUCUAUCUCGACGGAAACGACCCUGAGAUUCACAACCUUGCCGGCGACGUGCCUAUGGUUCAGAAAAAUGCUUCCUGGGGCCUUGCUCGUAUCUCUCAGCGUAAUGCUUUAAAGACGGAAACAUACAAUGACCAUCUAUAUGCUGCUAACGGAGGUGCGGGUGUUGACGUCUAUGUCAUCGACUCCGGCACCAACAUUGAGCACGUUGACUUCGAGGGUCGGGCAACAUGGCUCAAGACGGUCUUGGAUAAAUCGCCCGAUCAAGAUACUGGUGGUCAUGGCACGCACUGCUCUGGUACUCUUGUUGGCAAGAGGCAUGGUGUUGCCAAGAAGGCAAAUCUCUAUUCCAUCAAGGUCUUUGGCGGCGGAAUCACAACCACGACUGCUGAUAUUAUUAAAGGUAUUCAAUACGCGGUCCAAUCACACGAGUCGGCCGUCAAAAGCGGAAAAAAGGGCUUCAAAGGCAGUGUUGUCAAUAUGAGUUUAUCAUCCUCGGGCUAUUCUCACGCAGAGAAACAAGCUAUCGAUGCUGCUAUACGUAGUGGCCUCCAUUUUGCUGUCGCUGCUGGCAACCAGAACACGGAUGCAUGCACGAGAUCUCCCGCCGCCUAUGACAACGUAAUUACCGUUGGUUCAUCGAAUCUACAAGAACGGCGCGUUUCCAGCUCCAACUAUGGCAAGUGUGUCGACAUCUUUGCCCCUGGAGACAGGAUUCUAUCUACUUUCAUUGGUACCAAGUAUGCUACUGCUGUUAGGACAGGAACCUCUAUGGCUGCUCCUCAUGUUGCUGGUCUUGUUGCCUACAUGCUCUCUCUUCAGCCUGACAAGAGCUCUGGUUAUGCUGGGAUUGAUAUCACACCUCAAAAGCUCAAAGCCAAUAUACUCGCUAUUGGUACCGUUGGCGCCCUUUCAGGCCUCCCCAACGAAACAAAGAAUCUCUUGUUGUGGAACGGAGGUGGCUCUUCUAACUUGACUGAAAUUAUUGGGCGUGGUGGCUACAUUGUCAAGAAACCCGGCAGUGUGGGUGGAUCUGAAUUCAGGAGCUCGGUCCUCUCUCUUUAG